AUCCCAUCUCCCCCCAGGUCGCCCCCCCACCUCGUCGGUCCAGCAUGUCGCUGAAGGUCCAGACCAGUAACGUGACCAACAAGAACGACCCGAAGUCCAUCAACUCGCGGGUGUUCAUCGGGAACCUCAACACGGCGGUGGUGAAGAAGUCGGACGUGGAGAGCAUCUUCUCCAAGUACGGCCGCGUGCUGGGCUGCUCCGUGCACAAGGGCUACGCCUUCAUCCAGUACGCCGGCGAGCGGCAGGCCCGGGGCGCCGUGGUCGGGGAGAACGGCCGGGUGCUGGCGGGGCAGACGCUCGACGUCAACAUGGCAGGAGAACCGAAGCCGACUAGACCUAAAGUCCUAAAGAGAUCUGCAGCUUCUCUCUACAGCGGCUACGAGUUUGACUACGAUUACUACAGAGAAGAAUUCUAUGACAGGUUGUUUGAGUUCCGUGGCAGGGUGUCUCCAGUUCCCCGGGUGGUGCCCGUCAAACGCCCGCGGGUGGCAGUGCCCCUGGUGCGACGAGUCAAAUCCCUGCCAGUCAAACUGCUGGCGCGUAACGCCUCGGUGCUCCCCACCAGCAAUGGAAACAAACAGAGAUCAGUGAGGGGUGCAGAGCUUCAGGCGAUCAAGUCAGAGUUGACUCAGAUUAAAACCAACAUCGAAGCUUUGCUGGGCAGACUGGAGCAGAUCACAGAAGACGCACACAUCACCGCCGCAGAACUGAGGAAGGCAGACGAGUGUAAAAAUGAGGAGGCGUGGCAGGAAGGGGAGGAGUCGAGCUCAGAGCUGGAUGACGAAGAGGAGGAGCAAAGACAGAACAGCGAAGCUGAGGAGGAGGAGGAGGAGGAGGAAGAAGAUGAGGAAGAGGAGGAGGGAGAGCACACACCACACGACACCCAAGACCACAUGGAAAACAGUCGCCUAUCAUCAGAGAGGGAAUCCCUUCACCCGUGAGACAUAGAGAGGCCUGUGGAGGACGAGUCAGACAGAAGGAGAGAGAGAGAGGGAGAGAGAGAGAGAGAGAGAGAGAUGGAUGACAACACAGGAACGCCAUCAAACAGCAGGGAGCUCGACCGACACACUCACCCUCACUCACUUUCUCCUACACACAUACUUGUCUUACUUCAGUUGUGAGGACUGUCACUGACAAAUUACAUUCCCAGCCCCUUUACCCUCAAACACGCCUUUGAUGUUUGUGAGGACCUGCCAACAUGUCCUCACAAUGUCAACCAUCAUAAACACACACACACACAGCAACACGCACGCACUCAAACACACACACACACACGUUAAAACUCCAGCAGAGACAGACUUCACACUUUACCAGAGCAACAGGAAGAUACUAAAACAGCAGGGUAUUGACAGAACACGUCGUAAAGUGAUGAGUUACACAUACUAACACCCGUGUGCGCACACACACACACAUACACAAGGAAAAACCGAAAGUGAAGGAGACACUCGGAGCCACGGGGAGACAGUAAAACAGCAGGCUGCUGCCAACACGCAUCUUAAUCUGAGCAGGUUUAAGCCACAAACACGGGAUCAUCAUCUGCUGCUUCAACGUAGAGCAACACAACUGAACACACAACGUGCUGAGGCACAGCUGGUUCUCCAUCACAAAACCUGGUUGAGGCAAAUUCUUUUUGGAUUAAAAUCUAGAAGAAAUUUCCUCAUCUGUGUAAAAACAAAAUAUAUAUAUAAAACGUUCAGCUCCAAAGUUUAACCACAAACCCAAUCUGUGAUAAUAUUGAAUAAGUUUCAAGAUCUAAUGCAGCUUAUUAAACCACAUAUACAGUUCAAAAUAGAUUGUAAUUGAUUAAUUAUCUGAUAUAUUUAUCAAACAAUAAUCACAUUGUAAGAUCGUUAACACUAUUAUAGAGUCAUGGCCCCAAAAUGGCUUUGUUAAAAAUGAGGAAUGGGUCAUAAUGUUUUUUAGAACUAUGGCUAAUUGCUUUGACAUGUGGUGAUAAGAGCUGAUAAAUCAAAGUUUGAUGUGAUGAUGUUAUAACAACGUCUCAAAGUGCUGAACAAGAAGAAGUUAAACCAACAGAAUUAAAAACCAACAGGACACUGGCCCCAUUAGAGAUGAAGCAGUAAAACAUGACUGAUUGAUGUCUAGGUGUUUUGACCUGUGCCUUAGCCAUGCACCAGGGGGCGACCAGGGUUAUUGUGGCUCCACUUUAGCGAGAUCAGAUUUUAACUGAUUCAUAAACAGCCUGUUUAAGAGUUGAAUCAAGUUUGUGUCCUGAUGCAUAAAGAAAUAUCAAUUUGGUCUUUUCCCCGUCAUAAUAAUAUCCAGUUUGCAGAUGAGCAGCCUCGGUCCCUCAAACACACAUUAUAAUGUAAAUAUAGACUUAUUAGCAGUAGAGGUAAAUAUGGAUCACGGGAUUCCUCAGUUGACACUUAUUCAAAGAGGAGAUAAAAUCGUUUUGUUGCUGCUGAUGAAGUUAAACUGUCUCUGAACCUUUUGUCCCCCCCCCCUCUGUCUGUUUCAUCCUUCCUUUAUUCACCUGCUUCCAUCUCUUUCUGACCGCUUUUCUUUAUUCCCAACAUCUGUUUAUCUUGUCCACGUCUUUCCGCCUGUUUCCCUCUCACUUUAUUUAUUUCUCACUCCAUUGUCCAACUUUCCUUUCUCACUUCACAUUAGACUUUUAUUACAUCCGUCACUUUCCUCUCGGGCUUUUCUUGGUCGUCUUUGGUUUCUUCUUUGGGCCAAACACUGCUAUUUCCUCGUUCUGGGUUUAUUCUUCAACUCUCGUCUCGUUUUCAUACAGAUCUUGAUUUCGUUUGUUUUCUCUUUCUAUUCUUUUCUGUGUGAGAGAUUGGGAAAGCACAAUGAUUUAAAGGGAUAAUAUGUAAGUUCUCUGAAUUAAACUACUGGACGUAUGAUAUAAAUCGUGCUGAAUUCUAUUUUUACAUUUAUACAAUUACAUUUUUACUUUCUAGUUUAGAGCCAAAUGUUGCUGAUACACUUUUUUAGAUCUUGGUCAUAUUCAGACAUGAUUCAGGAUUUCAGUCAUCAACUAUUUUAAAUUAUGAGAGUCACAAUCGGAGUAAAUGUUCAAGUCCUUUAAGACGUCUUGUAUCCACCAAACAAUGUUGAAGAAAUACUGAUUGUUUACACAAAUUUGCUUUGUCCAGUGAUUUAAUUAAUGAAUUUAAUCCAUUUAUUUUGAGAUCAGGAAAACCUCUGUGAAUAAUUCAGCUCCCCAUUAAAAACUUCCCAUGAUUCUACGUUUCCUCACGAUGUCAUCGAGGUCUUUGUGUUGUUAAUGUUUCAAAUGAGAGAACCAGCUGCAGAAUAUGACGUAUUACGGAUUUAGGUUUGAUCUGAAAACAUAAAUGUUCUCACCUCAAGUCUUACGAACAUUUUCUCAAAACAAAUACAUUUAUUAAAUGCGACAUUGAAAACAAACUUGAACCCAAAGUCUGAGCUGAUUCUCCCACUGCCUUGUUUUGCCUUCUCUUGCUUUAGUUUUACUCGUCAUUGUCAGCAGGUUUGUUUAAGAACUUCACCUUCACACAGGCUACACUGUAAUUUGUACUGUUGCUUGUAUAUACUUGUUAUAAUUUCCUGAAUCAUCAGCCAGUACAGCAUCAUUUUAUGUAAAUGUGAUCUACAGCCUGGAACUUUUUUUUUUACCACGAAAUGAUCAGAUCUCCAGCUUUGAAUUUUCAACGAUUCUUUUCUUUUCAAUCAGUGACUCUUGAUUUAUAAAAUAAUGAAUCUUCAGGGUGAAAUGUUGUGUCUCUCUCUUUCCUCUCUUCCUCCUGUUUCUCGACAUCUUUUCACUUCUUCUCCCCAUUUUCUCCUCUUGUUCCCGUCCACUUGCUACAUGCUGAUGUUCUGAAAAGGCUCUGCUGUUAUUUCAACGACCUCCUUUACGAUGAAGGUGAUGAAGGUGAUGAUGCCGACUCCUCUGUCUGCACCGAGGCCUUUACAACACAUGUAAAUAAUCCAAAUAAAAAGAGGUGGAAGCUGUGACCGUUGUCUGAGGACUUUUGUUAUCACAGAUCAA